AUGAAUCAAAGCUAUCCGGCUUUUGUCAGCUUUCAUUCGCUGAGUAAUUGCUUUGGCUAUGCAAAACUGUUGACAGCCAUCAAUGCCACUAAUGAUUUGUCAUCGGUCAACGAGAAAUUCAAUGGCCCACCACUCGGAAGUUUUCGAAUGAGAAGCUGUGAGAAUCCGAACAUCUUCUGUGAUCUCCAACUAUUCGGUCAAUUACCAUUCACUAAUGUUUUUGUCAAUUCCGUCUUCGCGGAGGUCUCAGGUUUCCAGGAGAGACAGGAGGUAAUCCUUGAAAAAACCGAAAGCAAAACCUAUUGUUCGUAUAUCGAGGUGGCCCCACGGACCGACAACGACUAUUCUGUCAUUGCCCAGUCCCAAGCGUCCAUUGAGAAUGAGUUUCUCAAUCAAAUCCGAUUGGUUUCACAAAAUAUGAUUAUCCCUCAUUUUCUGAGUCCCGGGGUUUAUGUGCAAUUUCGGAUUUUAAACAUAGUACCAGCUACCAAUAACCCUGUUAUUUUGACUAAUGAAACCGAAUUACACGUCCAGACGGUUACCGAAGGAUCUCAAAGUGAUGAAAAAGCUGUAAUGGCUAAAAAAGUGUCUAAUAUUGUUCAAGAUCUCAGUACUCAUGGGUUUCUAUCAAAUUACGUGAUAAAUUUGGAAAAAAUUCCGAUGAUUGGAAGAGUGUUACCAAGAAAAAUUGUGGAGUCGUGGAUUAAGACGGAUAUAGACAGGAUUGACAAGAACACAAUAUAUAUAGAGGGGAAAGAUACCUGUCCCUACCCCGAGCAUGGAAUAAUUGAGAUCAAAUCAUUUGGUAGAUCUGAACUCCAGGAGCACACUCAAUUUUUCUAUCUUCAUCGCACAACCUUCAGCAACUUGAAGAAAAAUGAUGAUGUGUUGAAUAACUCGCUGGCCCACAUGUUCGAUUCACUGCAGCUUGCCAAUCGCCAACAUUGUGUUGACGGAAGCGGCAGUUUGGAGCCGUAUGUGAAUGUGAAAAUACUUGGGGUGCCUGAGAUGCGGAUUUGCACAUUGAGAUAUUGUGAAGUGAUGAUGGAGAAAGAUACACUUCUUUGGAUUGAGGAAUAUGCAAUGAAAGACAUUAUGACGAAAGCAUUACAAGCAGAAUGUCAUGGAAACCCUAUUUUACUAUCUGUUGAAGGAAAAGAGCUUGAUGUGGCACUAGAUGAUAAAAUCAUCCGUGUGAAAAUACUACCAAAUAUCAAAGGACUAGUCAAGCGGGUCACCGAAAGCACAUGUUUCUUGUUGGAGGUUACCACUGAGUUGAUUUAUAAGAAAAUCACAGACUCCAAGCAAAAGUUCAGUGAGUUGGGAUCAAGAACGCGCCGCCGACGUCUAGACGAGUCAGAGUCCUCAGAAAGCUCUCCUCCCACUCAAAAACCUGAAAUAAGCAACGUUGAAAACUUCGGUUUAGUCCAGAACGAGGAUUUCGUACAAAUUGGACGCCACUCGAAAAUGCUAUCUGAAUUGGACAAAGUCUGUCGGGAUGGAAGACAACAUGUGUUGGUGUUAGGAGGGAAUGGAUCUGGAAAAACUACAUUCAUCAAAAAGCUGGCUCGCCGCCUCUCCUAUAAUUCAUCCGUCACUUUUUGCAAAUUGAUACCCUGCGCUCUGCUGAAAGGAAGAUCCGCUGAGGUUAUUGAAAAACUUCUGAACGAUACCAUACAAGAAUUAGACGUCAAAAAACCAUCUUGUCUAUUUCUGGAUGAUUUUGAUGUCAUCUUACCACGAAUCGACCAAGAACAGAGGCAUCUUGCAAUGGAAAAAGUUGUAUCAGUGUUCAGCCAAAAACUGCGAACAACUGGUGUGAGUGUGGUGCUUGUAGCUCAAAGGUUCUCAACAUUAAACGACGGAUUUGUGGAACAGGUGAUGCGAGCGAGACCAAUUGUUUCCCGCAAAAUCGAGUUGGGACCAUUGACAAAAGUGAGUUGA